ACAGAGAGGGCACGGGCUCCCGAGGUCGAGUCGUUGCAUCACCUUUCCCCUCCUCCGUCCCCGUCGCUCGCCAGUCGCCUCGCAUUCCGUUCGUCGGGCGCGCCGCCAACCAAGGUGACCUCCUCCCUGCUCUCCCCAGUUCUUUCAGCGAGACCGACUCGUGAAACCCAGUGAUCUGUUUGGGGACUAAUCAAACUCAACAAGCAAGUUUCAUGUCUGAUCUCGACGUCCAGCUUCCGUCUGUUUUUGAUCCGUUUGCGGAGGCAAAUGCUGAGGACUCCAGUGCUGGUGCUGGAUCAAAGGACUAUGUGCACGUGCGCGUUCAGCAGCGCAACGGAAGAAAGAGUCUGACAACUGUUCAGGGCUUGAAGAAAGAGUACAGCUAUAACAAAAUCCUCAAGGAUCUCAAAAAGGAGUUCUGCUGCAAUGGUACUGUAGUCCAGGACCCAGAGCUAGGCCAGGUCAUUCAACUGCAAGGUGAUCAGCGUAAAAAUGUUGCUACUUUCCUAGUCCAGGCUGGAAUCGCAAAGAAAGAGAGCAUCAAGAUUCACGGAUUUUAGGCAGCAAUAUAUAAAUGCUUGUGUGGUAUCAUAUGAUACAAGUAUUCAAGGUUUCUUUAGCUUGGAAGUCGUAAUAUCAGUAGUCGUCUGAACCUUUGUGUCACUAUUGUAUUGAGAAGUCUAGUAUUGAAUGCAAGUUAUCCUGGCAGUAUGGUUUGUAAGCGUUACCUGCAUGAAAGUAUUGUGUCACUCCUAUUGAAUAACAAUAGAGAUUGCUGGUUGGGUUCGUUUAAUCUUUU